CGCACGGUCGCAACGAGGAGCCGUGGCGCAAACGUGUUGAAGACGAUGCGCACAAGAAUUUCGUUUUGGCGUUGCUGGACAACGCGAAGAGACGAGAUUUUAUUGCGGGAUUCUCUAGAGGAAGAGUUUUUGUUUUUUGACUGUGGACGAGAGAAGCACGGUGCGUAAUUCCAAUUACGACAGCAUGUCGUGUAAAAAGCACCCCACGAGGCCGGAAAGCGGAGCAUGUGGUGUAUAGAAGAUACAACUAGAAAAUAGAAUCGUUUCACAUCACCCGAGAAUACAGAUUUUUUCGACGUUUUAAAACGUCCGUGGUCCGCCACCCGUUCUAGGGAAGUAGCCGCUAGUUUCCGCGGCACGUCGCCAUGUUGCUCGACGACGAGAACCCCCCGGUGCACGAUUUUUUUGACCACAACUACCAACGGCACGGAUUUGAUCCCGAGAAGCCCUUCGCUUUCUUCGGGGACACUUUUCCGCGCCCGUUCGAGGACUACUUGUGCUUCCACUGUCUUCCGGUACCGCUGGCCUGCUUUCUGCACUGCUUGUUGCUGCUGUUUCUGGGGGCGGUGGAACUGGAAUACCCGGGUUGGGUCCUGGGUGGCUACACCGCCUACGCACGGAGCCUCAGCAACAUCGGGGGCGUCCUCCUCGGCUUCGUGCUGGCGGUCGUCGCCGGCGUCUCCAUCUACGCCGGCCACGGCACCCCGAAAGAGAUCUGCUACGCGUUUCUGUUCCGACUGGCCGUCCCGGUACUGGUUUUGGUCUUCGGUGAUUUCUGACAAGAUGGCAGAUAAGUUUUGAAGUCUACCUGGUCCUCGUUUCCUCAUGCUUUGAAGUAUUUUUGCAGACGCAUUGGCAUUAGGAUUCGCUGUGUCUAAACAGGUCGUGCUGGCGAAGAUAAUCCUUUUCGUAGUGACUGUUUUUUCAUCUUCACAUAAAAGUCUUGACAGUCGAAGAAGGGGAAAAAAAAUUUGAUUCUAUUUCACAAUAGUUCACUGUGGUCGCGCUGGAUCUGCACUCGUUGUGGUAUUGCGAGGAGUGGUUCACGGACAUCCAGAAGGCGGCGGACCGCAACGGGGGGUUUUUCAACGAGGAGAUGUACAAUAUCGCACACGACCAGUUUUGCAUUGGGGAGACCGUGAAAUUUGCGGUGUUUGCCCCGGCCAUUUUACUGCUCCAGUGCUACAUGGUGAGUGUGCACUUCCGGUGCCAGGUUCUGUUCGACCGCGACGAGGAAACCGUGCACAAGUACGAGCGACACGCCGCGGAAGUGUUCGAGGCCCACGACUUGGUGUUGAAGGACGAGAAGGACCGUCAGCCGUUCCUCUCGCAUAAGGGCCAGCCGGCGCGGGAAAUGCUAAACUAUAAAAUCAACUCGCUGUUGCCUUCGAGUAGGCUCCGGAAGUUGUACGACCUGCCCGAGCCUGUUAUCACGGAGGAUGGGGAAAGGGUAUCCAGUACAGUAAGGGACGAAAAGACCAGAAAGCUAGUCAAGUACGGGGUCGGCAUGCAAGUCAACAGUAAAGACUACCUAGUUAAGUUCGGAAAUCGGGACUGGGCGGCAAUACCAGAGGAGCACCUCGUAGAGUUUACCACGCUGCGAGAAGGAGAAGAGGACGCUAGACCAAUAAGUUCCGGCGAUGCGGGAGCGGUGCGGUGAUUUCUAUGAUAAACUUUUAUAUACCAUAAAUGCUUGCGUCUGGUGCUGAUGCUCUACUUCGCACCUGCAGAAAUGAUACAUGGUAACCAUGCUCCUGCGCGGAUCAUUUUUUAGCAUCUAUGUAGCUAGUCGUUUCAUGAUUGCUCAGCAAUUUACCCGUGACUCCGUUCCUCUCACAUGAUGAAACCAGGGCGAGCGUGAAGAUCUUGAAUAUGAUCGCUCACACAAAACACUUCAACCAAGUUGAACAUAGUUCCGAUAACGAACGAGAAAUGGACAUGGUACAUGAUGCUCAGAAACAACACACAUGGAGCUGAGUCAAUCUUUCACGACCGCG